GGGGGGAGUCGGUGACGGACAGUGCAGGCUGAAAGGAGCAAAUGAUAAACCUCUGGCCAAGGAUUCAGGUACCCGAGCCAUUGCCUGCAAACCCAUAGUGGGGGCUCUGCAGGCAGUGUGGGUUCUCAGGGGGCCCUUGCUGUGGAGCGGGAGCAGAGAUGCUGUCCCUGGGCACGCUGUCGGUGUCCUGUGUACAUGAGGGGGAGGGCCUGGCCCGGCACUGGUCAAGCCAACAGCUGAGAAGUGCCCCCGAGGGGAAGGGCCGGCUGACUGCCCGUGGGGGGUUUUCAUGGCGGUCUCUGCCGAGGCCCCGCAGAAGCUGGGUUGGGGCCUCCUGGGGGUGAAGACUGUCCCUUAGGUCAGUAUGCGGCUCCUCCCUUGGCUCUUGGUGUGUGGUUGGUGGCCCUGUGUCUCAACGUAGGUGUGGAGGACAUGUUCAUGGAGAGGAAGGAGGACAGGCUGCGGUCAGGACGGUGCACUGGGCUCCAGAGGCACUCCUGGGCAGCAGCAGGGGGGAGAAGGGAGUCGGUACCAAAUGAGGAGGAAAGGACGAUGUCAUCGAGGCGCUGCAGCGAGGCACCCUUCCUCCCCAUGCAGUACUAAGCACUCCCCGACGCGAGAGACCCUGACCUACGCACAAGCGCAAAGGAUGGUGGAGAUAGAGAUUGAGGGGCGCCUGCACAGGAUUAGUAUUUUUGAUCCCCUGGAGAUCAUAUUAGAAGAUGACCUCACUGCUCAGGAAAUGAGUGAAUGCAACAGCAAUAAAGAGAACAGCGAGAGGCCACCGGUGUGCUUAAGAACUAAGCGCCACAAAAACAACAGAGUCAAAAAGAAGAGCGAGGCCCUUCCCAGCACCCAUGGCGCCCCGGCCUCUGCCAGUGCACUUCCGGAGCCCAAGGUGCGGAUCGUGGAGUACAGCCCCCCGUCCGCCCCCAGGAGGCCCCCCAUGUACUACAAGUUUGUGGAGAAGUCCGCCGAGGAGCUGGACAACGAGGUGGAGUAUGACAUGGACGAGGAGGACUAUGCCUGGCUGGAGAUCGUCAACGAGAAGCGCAAGGGCGACUGCGUGGCGGCCGUGUCGCAGAGCGUGUUUGAGUUCCUGAUGGACCGCUUCGAGAAGGAGUCUUACUGCGAGAACCAGAAGCAGGGGGAGCAGCAGUCCCUGAUCGACGAGGAUGCCGUGUGCUGCAUCUGCAUGGACGGUGAGUGCCAGAACAGCAACGUGAUCCUCUUCUGUGACAUGUGCAACCUGGCCGUGCACCAGGAGUGCUACGGGGUCCCCUACAUCCCUGAGGGCCAGUGGCUGUGCCGGCACUGCCUGCAGUCCCGGGCCCGUCCCGCGGACUGCGUGCUGUGUCCCAACAAGGGAGGUGCCUUCAAAAAGACGGACGAUGACCGCUGGGGCCACGUGGUGUGCGCCCUGUGGAUCCCCGAGGUUGGCUUUGCCAACACAGUGUUCAUUGAGCCCAUCGAUGGCGUGAGGAACAUUCCUCCCGCCCGGUGGAAGCUGACAUGCUACCUCUGCAAACAGAAGGGUGUGGGCGCCUGCAUCCAGUGCCACAAGGCCAACUGCUACACAGCCUUCCAUGUGACUUGUGCCCAAAAGGCCGGCCUCUACAUGAAAAUGGAGCCCGUGAAAGAACUGACUGGGGGCACCACAACCUUCUCUGUCAGAAAGACCGCUUACUGUGACGUACACACGCCCCCUGGCUGUAUCCGGAGGCCUCUGAACAUUUAUGGGGAUGUCGAAAUGAAAAACGGUGUGUGUCGAAAAGACAGCUCAGUCAAAACGGUUAGGUCCACAUCCAAGGUCAGGAAGAAAGCAAAAAAGGCAAAGAAAACACUGAGUGAGCCCUGUGCGGCCCUGCCACCUGUGUGUGCUCCGUACAUCCCCCCCCAGAGAUUAAAUAGGAUCGCGAAUCAGGUGGCCAUUCAGCGGAAGAAGCAGUUUGUGGAGAGAGCCCACAGCUACUGGCUGCUCAAAAGGCUGUCGCGGAACGGCGCGCCCCUGCUCAGGCGGCUCCAGUCCAGCCUGCAGUCCCAGAGGAGCACGCAGCAGAGAGAGAACGACGAGGAGAUUCAGGCCGCCAAAGAGAAGCUGAAGUACUGGCAGCGGCUGCGGCAUGACCUGGAGCGCGCACGCCUGCUGAUUGAGCUCCUGCGCAAGCGCGAGAAGCUCAAGCGGGAGCAGGUGAAGGUCGAGCAGAUGGCCCUGGAGCUGCGGCUGACCCCGCUCACGGUGCUGCUGCGCUCCGUGCUGGACCAGCUGCAGGAGAAGGACCCGGCUCGCAUAUUCGCCCAGCCGGUGAGCCUGAAGGAGGUGCCCGACUACCUGGAGCACAUCAAGCAGCCCAUGGACUUCUCCACCAUGAGGAAGCGGCUGGAGGCGCAAGGGUACAGCAGCCUCCCCGAGUUUGAGGAGGACUUCGACCUCAUUGUGGACAACUGCAUGCGGUACAACGCCAAGGACACGGUGUUCUACCGAGCCGCCGUGCGGCUGCGCGACCAGGGCGGCGUUGUGCUGCGGCAGGCCCGGCGCCAGGUGGACAGCAUUGGAUUCGAGGCGGCCUCGGGGGUGCACCUGCCGGAGCGGCCUGCUGCGGCCCCUCGGCGGCCUUUCUCCUGGGAGGACGUGGACAGGUUACUGAACCCGGCCAACAGGGCCCACAUGGGCCUGGAGGAGCAGCUGAGGGAGCUGCUGGACAAGCUGGACCUCACGUGCGCCAUGAAGUCCAGAAGUCAGCGGGUCGAGAGCAACGCCAAGCUCCUGAAGAAGAAAUCGCGCUCGUGCGGAACAAGUGACCACAGCAGACCAGCCCCGCCCGCCGGGUCAGGUACUGGAGGCUUGGAAGAGGAAGGUGCUCGCUGGGCCGGAGCCGGGGAGGAAGUCCUUCCGAGGUUGGAGACUCUUCUGCAGCCAAGAAAAAGGUCGCGAAGCACCUGCGGCGACUCCGAGGUGGAGGCGGGGUCCCCGGGAAAGCGCCUGGACACAGGUCUCACCAAUGGCUUUGGGGGCGUGAGGAGCGAGCAGGAGCCGGGCAGCCUCCCCGGGAGGAAAGCCACGCCCCGGCGCCGCUGCGCCUCCGAGUCCAGCAUCGCCUCCAGCAGCAGCCCGCUCUGCGACGCCAGUUUCAGCGCCCCCAAGUGCGGCCGCGGCAAGCCUGCCCUGGUGCGCAGGCACACGCUGGAGGACCGCAGCGAGCUGAUCUCCUGCAUCGAGAACGGGAACUACGCCAAGGCAGCCAGGAUCGCAGCCGAAGUGGGUCAGAGCAGCAUGUGGAUCUCAACGGACGCCGCGGCCUCCGCGCUCGAGCCCCUGAAGGUGGUGUGGGCCAAGUGCAGCGGCUACCCCUCCUACCCCGCCCUGAUCAUCGACCCUAAGAUGCCGCGCGUGCCAGGGCACCACAACGGGGUCACCAUCCCGGCCCCGCCGCUGGACGUGCUGAAGAUCGGCGAGCACAUGCAGACCAAGGCGGACGAGCGGCUGUUCCUCGUCCUCUUUUUCGACAACAAGCGGAGCUGGCAGUGGCUCCCUAAGUCCAAAAUGGUCCCCCUUGGCAUCGACGAGACGAUAGACAAGCUGAAGAUGAUGGAGGGGAGGAACUCCAGCAUCCGGAAGGCUGUGCGGGUCGCCUUCGACCGCGCCAUGAACCACCUGAGCCGGGUGCACGGGGAGCCGGCCAGCGACCUCAGCGACAUCGACUGAGGGCCCGCCGUGUCCAUAUGUUGAUAAGCUGUACAUGUUUGUAUAUUGUUCAAAACCUAACUUAUUCUGAUGGUAGAUGUAGUUCUUUCAUUCUUUUCCCUGGGGAAUCGGGGAGGUUUGUUUCUAAGUUUUCUAUGAAACCAUCCGUCUGGGCGCGGCGGGCGCAGCUUCCGCACGACUCUGCCCGGCACAGGUCACCGGAGGGUGCUGCUUGCAUCACUUUCUUUGAUCCAUAGCUUUUUUAAAAAAGACUUUUGAAUGUUUAAUAAAUUUGUAAAUCAUACUCUUUACACAGAGUACCUGUUAUUUAACAAGAUGGGAUGUAAAUUUGCAGUGACAAAUGUGUAUUUUAAGAAAGAAAAUGACAUUAUUUUGAGUGGUACUUUGUGGAAAGAGGCGGAGAGGAAAUUUCUGCCGUGUACAUCACCUGCGAAUCACCAAAAACACUCCGCGCCCUGCGGCUGGGCGGGCGCGUCCCGGUGCUGCCGUCCGCCGGUCCUCCGCCGCCCGCCUCCGGCCGCCCAGGGGGCCCCAGCGGAUUAUUUAUUGUAGAAAGUGUAUUCACCUGCUUUAUAAUGAAAAAUAAAUUUGCAAAAGUAUAUUGAUAGCAUUUUUAUACACACGGACGUCCGCCCGCCCCGGCGCGGGCUGCUGGCUGUACAGACUGGCUGUGUUCUUUGGUUUGUAACUUGUAUCCUGUUUACAAUGAGGGGCUUUCUGUACUUGUUUUGAUUUAGGACACUUUGGUAGCAAUAGAAACUUUGGAUACAUUUUGUAUGGUACCUGUGAUGUACAUAGAAUUAGUACUUUAUUUUUAUUUUUAAGAGGUAAAGCAUUAUGUUAGGGGAAAAGGUAGGGUGGGUUUCCAAAUGCAUUUUUUUAUAUUAAAAAAUAAAGUCAAGAUUUGGACGGUG